AUGGCGUCACAAGUCAUAUGUGCAUGCACGUAUCGGGUUAGGCUAGUUAUUAAAGGAAAAAUGGCUGCCAGAUCUACAGUGAAAAGAAGUUUUAUCAGAGGAAAGAGAUACUUAAAGGACCAGUGGGACACAUUGCUAUGGAUACUGGCCUCUUUUGGAGUCCUUUAUCUGUUUGAAGUCGCUUCAAAUAUUUUAUUUAAUCCUUUGGUGAAAAGAGGAUGGCAGGCUGUUUCUUUCAUCUCCUUGGUAAUAGGAGCUGUUUGCGUAUACAAAAUAGCAAAGAGAAGUCCUCGUUUAAAGCUGACUGAUUGGGACAGUACUUGGACUCCCACCAUCGGCUUUAUUGGCGGAGUGAUGGGUACUAUAAGUUUUAUUGUAUCGAUGUGGCCGGUAUGGCAGUAUUGGACUUUGUUCAUUGUUGCUGUUCUCUUUAUGGGAUUCAUUUCAAUCGUUUCAUUAAUUUAAUUUUUUUAUUAUUGAAAAUUAAUAAUAGUCACACACAAGACACAACCAAUCAAGCAAUCAAAAUAAACUAUAGUUAAUUUUAUUAAUAAUAAUUAUAUAAACAUUAUAAUUUCAGUACUGUCUUUGUUUUUUUUCAAUCAUUAUAAAUACUUUCUGUGUCCUUUUUCUGACCCUCAAAGUUUCCAUAAGCUUCAAACUCUUCAACAUAA